CUGUUCUCCUGUGUCCAACACGUCCCUUUGCAGAUCUCCUUGAUAUUUUUCCCUCCAAUUGUUAGUAUUAUCACCAUUAUUUUAUUUUUAGCUAUUACAAGACUUUUUUUAUUUCCAGAUGUUAGUCCACACCUAUUCCGCCAUGGACCGGCAUGAUGGAGUGCCCAGCCACAGUUCCAGGCUGUCCCAGCUGGGAUCCGUCUCGCAGGGACCCUACUCCAGCGCUCCUCCGCUCUCUCACACCCCAUCCUCGGAUUUCCAGCCGCCUUAUUUCCCACCCCCCUACCAGCCUCUUCCUUACCACCAAAGCCAGGACCCUUACUCCCAUGUCAAUGACCCCUACUCCCUAAACCCCUUGCAUCAGCCCCAGCAGCACCCCUGGGGACAGAGGCAGAGGCAAGAGGUGGGAUCAGAGACCGGGUCACUGCUGCCACAGCCUCGGGCCGCCCUGCCCCAGCUCUCGGGACUGGACCCCAGGCGGGACUACCACUCAGUUCGGAGGCCAGAUGUCCUCCUGCACUCAGCUCACCAUGGCCUUGACUCCGGCAUGGGGGACAGCCUUUCUCUGCAUGGCAUCGGACACCCAGGCAUGGAGGAGGUGCAGUCAGUUGAAGAUGCCAAUAACAGCGGUAUGAACUUAUUGGACCAGUCUGUCAUUAAAAAAGUUCCGGUUCCUCCAAAAUCUGUUACUUCUUUGAUGAUGAAUAAAGAUGGCUUCCUGGGUGGCAUCUCAGUCAACACCGGAGAGGUGUUUUGCUCUGUACCUGGCCGCUUGUCUUUGCUUAGCUCAACUUCAAAGUACAAAGUAACGGUGGGAGAAGUUCAGAGACGCCUUUCCCCUCCAGAGUGUCUGAACGCAUCCCUCCUAGGAGGAGUACUUAGAAGAGCCAAAUCGAAAAACGGGGGGAGAUCUUUGCGAGAAAGGCUAGAAAAAAUCGGUUUGAAUUUACCAGCCGGCAGGCGUAAGGCCGCAAAUGUCACUUUACUCACCUCCCUGGUGGAAGGUGAGGCCGUUCAUUUAGCUCGGGAUUUUGGGUACAUCUGUGAAACGGAGUUCCCAGCCAAAGCUGUUUCUGAGUACCUGAACAGACAGCACACGGACCCCAGCGACCUCCACUCCAGGAAAAACAUGCUGCUUGCUACAAAGCAACUUUGUAAAGAAUUCACAGAUCUCUUGGCGCAGGACAGAACGCCCAUUGGGAACAGCCGGCCCACCCCCAUUUUGGAACCGGGCAUUCAGAGCUGCUUGACUCACUUCAGCCUCAUCACCCACGGCUUUGGGGCCCCUGCGAUCUGCGCCGCCCUCACGGCCCUCCAAAACUACCUGACUGAAGCUCUCAAAGGCAUGGACAAGAUGUUCUUGAACAACAACACUGCUAACAGGCACACAUCUGGCGAAGGACCAGGUAGUAAAACUGGAGACAAGGAAGAGAAACACAGAAAAUGAGAGAGAGAGAGAGAGAAAGAGAGAGAGAGAGAGAGAGGAAAAAAAAUAGAAUGAAAGAAAGGAAAAGGAAAAAAAAAGUUAAAUAAAUAAAAGGAGAAGAGAGAGAGAUAAUCUUUUAAAACAAAACCGUCUUAAUUUUAGCUUUAAAAAUACUGGAUUGGGCUUUGGAAGAAUUCUAUUAGGUAGGACAAAAUAAUAAUAAUAAUAAAAUAAAAAUAAUAAUAAUAAAAGAAAGACAAUAAUUUAAGAUCAGAGGAGCACAAUGGCGCAAGACCAGUGGUUCAGAGUCUCUUGCCAGGAACAUGUGAA